AUGGCCUCCAACUCGAGCUCGGGCUCGGGCUCUGGUGCGCCGCCUGCAAUGGUGGACUCCACUUUUGCGGACGGCAUCCGGCUUAUCGGGACCACGACUGUCGCGGGCACGUUCUACGGCCUCAUGACCGUCCUCGCCGCGACGUGCGUGCAGGUGACGCUCACCUCGCCGUGCGGGCGGCGCUCACGCUCGCGCAUGGCCGUGCUCAUCGGGUACAUCGGCCUGCUCUGGCUGUGCGCCACGCUCAUCCUCGCGGGGUUUUCGCGCCAGAUCGAGGAGGCUUAUGUCCAGCAUCGUUUCGAUGGUCCCGGGCCCGCUGCGUACAACGAUCAGACGAGUCCGGAGAGUAAGGUUGUCGACGUUGCGGAUUGGUUAUUGUCUGUGCUCGUACACGGGAUGAUGACGUGGAGAAUUAAGAUUACAUGGCAGAGCUCGAGAGCGUAUCCCUAUAUCAUGUUUCUUAUGAUCGCACUUUAUCUUGGAUCAUCAGCCAUAACCGCAAUCGGCGUCAUCUUCGACAUGCUUCCGAACCACGAUAUCUUCACCUCUCCCGCUGCGAACGGGUUGACUGUAGCCGGUUUAUUGACGGGUACACUACUGACUGUAGUCGCCACCGCACUUAUGGCAGGUCGUAUCUGGUACUACCGCCGGAGAUUCAAAAAGCAGAUUGGCAACCCGCACCCUAAGCAGUACACGAAGAUCGCCCCCAUGGCCGUCGAAUCGUGCGCGAUCGUGACUGUCAGCGAUAUCGUCUUCAUUACCCUGCUCCUCAUCCGACACCCGGCCAUGUACCUGGUAAUCGCCGUCCUGCCACAAUUACAAGUCAUCGGCCCGCUUCUCCUCAUGCUCCGCAUUGCGCGCGGGGUUGCUUGGGAUGCGACGACGGCGAGCACGAUCAUCACGCGAGAGCAUGAUGUCGCCGAGCUCGGUGCGAUACGCAGGGGGCACGUGGCGGGCUCGUACGAUCCGAGUCGGCGUAUGAGUCUCAAGUUCGCGAGGCAUGAACACGAGCAUGAGAUGGAGAGCGAUGACGCGGGCACGUAUGACGAAACGGAGGAGGGCAAGAGAUCAUAG